CACUUCAAGAAUGAGUCCACCACAGGACAGAAGCAGAAAUUCCUGCAGCAGUGAGCCUCUGGCAAAGUGCCUUCAAGCAAAGAAGGACUUGGAAACAGCUAUAUCUGGAAUUGUCAAAGCUGACCAACAGAUUAAAGAGAACUGGCGGGAGGUGAAGGCCAAGAUUCACAGCCACAUCAGCCGCCACCUGGAGUGCCUGCGCAGCCGCGAGGUGUGGCUGUUUGAGCAGGUGGAUCUCAUCCAGCAGCUGAAGGAGGAGGCACUGCAGCAGCAGGCCCAGCAGCUCUACUGGUAUUUGGGACAAUUCAAUUGCCUUAUUCAUCAGCUGGAACGCUCCUAUAGUAAGGAACUGGCAAACCAGAUUUCAGUUUGCCUGGAAAGACUGGGAAAUCUUACUCUUAAACCAGAGGAAUCAUCCAUCCUGAAUUUUGAGGCUGACACAUCUUACCUUCGCCAGGCUAUUACCUCAUUUGGUUCAAUUAAAACAAUGCAAACCUCAGAGAGAGAGAAUACUUCUCCCUGGUUCCCAGGGCAGAAUUGUGCCCUCAUGAACUGUGAGCAGCAGAAAACAUUAUGUGGAACAGUGAGUGCCUCACUUGCUGACUGGUUACUUGGAAGCAGACCUGUGAGUGUUUGCCAGGCUCCAUAUGUUCCAAGCACCAAUCUUGAGGAAUGGGUUACACAAAAAUGUGUGUCAGAGCCCAGCCAGGAUUUCAAUUCUUCCAAAGUCUGUUAUUUUGAGGAAGCCUGGGGAAAUCUGAAAGAUUUGGAAAACUGGCUCCUGCAGAAUCAACAGUGUGAUGUUGCUGGGAAGACAGACUGCCCUGGCCGCAAGGACUCCACCUCUACUUUCAGCUCAUCCUUUUCCACUAUUGAAAAGGCGGAGGAAUUGGAAUCCCUCGGCCAAGAAGAGAUGGACCUUUCUGACUGGCUGAUUACUCCUGAUGCAGAAAAUGGAAGUAGUGCUUCAGAUGAGAAAUGGAAGUAUGAAUUUAAACCUUUUAGGGAAGAAUUUAAUUUGAAUGAUUGGCUCCUCAAAGCUGAAGCAUGCACCAGUUGUCGCGGCAGCCAGAUCAAAAGUGUGGAAAUUGAGAACCUGGGAAAUCUGAAGUGCCUGAAUGAUCAUCUUGAUGGAAAGAAACCACCCACUACAUCUGCUGUAAAUGCUUGGCUGCUUCAGCAUCCCCAGGCCCCAUGUAAGGUGGAAGAUGUGUGCAAAGCUAAUGAGCUGUGUGCCAGCUUUUCAGAGUGUGUGUGUGAUGAAAACUGUGGAAAAGAGGCUCUGUGUAAAUGGCUUCUGAAGAAAGAAGGGAAGGACAAAAAUGGAGUUCCAGUCAGCCAGAAAGAUUUACCAAAUCCUGAGCAUGAGAAGACCAAUUCUGCUGCCAACACCUGGCUUAGCCCUGCACAUCAGCUCACAGGGGAACCCCUUAGUGCAGAGAAAGAAGAUUAUUUGGCAGAGAUCGCAGAACCCUUGAAAGUGCUGCUGGAAAGGCCUCUGACAAGCUGGCUGGCCAAGUCUGAGCACAAAGCAGACAGUGCAGAAGAAAAGGCGAGUAGGGAAAAAGCAGAUAAUAGUUUCAAAAGUCCUUUCCUAGACCUCUUGGCUCCAUUCCACCUCCCCUUGAAUGUAAACAGUUGGGUGUUGGCUUCAGACAACCUGCAGAAUGCUAACCCACCUCCAGCAGAAGAUAAAUGGCUUCUACGCAAGAAAGCACAAGACUUUGGCCUUCCUACAGUUUGUGACCUUUUUGCCUGUAUGAAACUCAAUGGAGAUAAAGAAAAAUGGCUGUAUCAGACUCCUUUACAGAUGUGAACAACUGGAAGCAUCGAAAUCGUCCCUUUCCCGCUGAUCAACCGCACAUCACGCUGAGUGACUGCAGCCAGCUGAGUUCUUGUGUUUGUGUUUGGUCGUCUGCUUUUUCUUCUCAAAUUAUAACAAAAAGAAAGAUUACUCAUAUGACAGAGUUAUGGUGCAGAAGAUGCCUUUUUGUUAAGAUGAAUUCUGAAAUGUAAACCCACUGAGCAUAAGCAAUCUGAUACUAUAGAGUGUUAGUAAACUCCUAUCUGUUAUGGGACUACAUGAAUCUCCUUUAAUGGGUUGUCACUUGAAGUAUGUUGAAGCCAGUGCAGGUAUAAGGAGAAAUCUCUCUGGUGCUGUGACAUGUCCACCUUCGGCAGUGACUUCAAAAGUGUUGCCAUUCCUUUCAGCUGCUACAACUUUGUCAUGAGUUGGUUUCCAGCUUACUGGGGUUGGGGUUGCAAGGCAUCUGAGGCUGUGUUUGGAAGCUAUUUCUUUUAUUGAGCAGUUGCUAAUUUUAAAGGUUUUGUUUGCAUCUUAUAUUGGUGCAUCUCCCAGCUGAGUAGAUGUAGUCCAGGUUUUGAAAAAGACAUGAAUUUAUGGAACCUGACCCAUGACAGGAAAACUGGUAAC